AUGGUUGCACUGUUGCGUCGUGUGACGUCGUUGACCGCGCCGGUUGGGUUGGCUCGCGUCGAGCGCUGCUGCCAGCCCUCAAGCCCCCCCACCCCGCCCCAGGACGAGCAGAGCACCCUCCAGCUCCUCAAGAAGCACCUCCUCACCGAGCAAACCAUCGAGAACUACGAGGAGACCAUCGCCCAGCUCUCCCGCCAGUGCCGCGCCCUCCUGGAGCUCGGCCACCCCCAGAGCGAACAGGUCAGCAGGCGGCAGUCGCAGGUUGACCGGCUGUACGUGUCUCUGAAGGACCUGGUGGAGGAGCGCAAGGUCAAGCUGGAGCAGCAGUACUGGCUCUACCAGCUCAACCGCGAGGUGGACGAGCUGGAGCACUGGAUCGCCGAGAAGGAGGUGGUGGCCGGCUCGCCCGAGCUGGGGCAGGACUUCGAGCACGUCACGCUGCUGCAGGAGAAGUUCCUGGAGUUCGCCAGCGAGACGGGCAGCGUGGGCCAGGAGCGCAUCGCCGCCGUCAACCAGAUGGUGGACGAGCUCAUCGACUACGGCCACACCGACGCCGCCACCAUCGCCGAGUGGAAGGACGGCGUCAACGAGGCCUGGGCCGACCUCCUGGAGCUGAUGGAGACCCGCGCCCAGAUGUUGGCGGCGUCGCACGAGCUGCACAAGUUCUUCAACGACUGCAAGGAGGUCCUGGGGCAGAUCGAGGAGAAGCGGCAGCGGCUGCCCGAGCUGGCGGCGCGCGAGGGCAGGACCUCGGCCGGCGCCCUGCAGAGGGCCCUGGGCGCCUUCGAGCACGACGUGGAGGUGCUGGUGACGCAGGUGCGGCAGCUGCAGGAGGGCGCGGCGCAGCUGCGGACGCUCUACGCCGGCGACAACGCCGAGGCCAUCGCCGGGCGCGAGCAGGAGGUGCUGCGGGCGUGGAAAGAGCUGCUGGCGGCGUGCGAGGAGUGCCGGCUGCACGUGGCCAGCGUGGCCGACAAGAUCCGCUUCGUGGGCACCGUCAGGGACCUGCUGGCCUGGAUGGACGGCGUGCUCCACCAGAUGGGCGCCGGGGAGAAGCCCAGGGACGUGUCCUCGGUGGAGCUGCUGAUGAACGACCACCAAAGCCUCAAGACCGAGAUGGAGGCCCGGGCCAAGAACGUGGCCACCUGCCUGGAGCUGGGCAAGACCCUCAUCCUCAGCAAGAGCCCGGCGGCCGACGAGAUCAAAUCCCACAUGGAGAAGCUCCUGGCGAAGAAGAAGGAGAUGACGGAGAAGUGGGACAAGCACUGGGAGUGGCUGCAGCAGAUGCGCGAGGUGCACCAGUUCGCGCAGGAGGCCGUGGUGGCCGACGCGUGGCUGACGGCCCAGGAGCCGCUGCUGAAGAGCCAGGAGCUGGGCAGCAGCGUGGACGAGGUGGAGCAGCUGAUCCGGCGGCACGAGGCCUUCCGGAAGGCGGCGGCCGCCUGGGAGGAGAGGUUCAGCUCCCUGCGGCGCCUCACCACGAUCGAGAAGCUCAAGGCCGAGCAGAACAAGCAGCCACCGACGCCGCUCCUGACCCGAAAAUUUUUGGGGGAGCCGCCGGGAGGUGCCGACCCUCGCCGGCCGGAGCCGCGCGUCGCCUACGUCCGGCACGAGCUGCGGCCGGAGCGCCUCCAGCCCAAGCUCGACCGCGUCCAGCCGCCGGCCGCCGACGGAGCGCCCGCCGAGCCGCCCCCGGCCGCCGCCGCCGUCACCGCGGUCACCGCGGUCACCGCCGCCGCCGAGCCCCCGGCGGCCACCAAGGCCGAGGAGCCCGGCGAGGUCCGGCCGGGGCUGCCGGAGCGGCGCCGGGAGCGCCGGGAGCGCCGGCUGGAGCGGCAGGAGUCCAGCGAGCCGGAGCUGCCGCGGCACGACGGGAAGGGCGGCGGCAGCAAAGCCACCCUGGCCGACAUCGUGGAGCAGCUGCAGGAGAAGGAGGCGGGUGGCCCCGUGCCGGCUUCGCCCCGUGACCGCGACUCGCCCGCCCGUCUCCCCGCUGGCCCCGAGGCCCUGCCGGAGAGGACGCCGAGGCCGGACCGUCCCCGUGCGCGGGACCGGCCGAAGCCGCGGCGCCGGCCGCGUCCCAAGGACUCGGCGCAGGGCCCGGGGGAGCCGCGGCGCUCACGGUCGGCGCCGGCGCAGGGCAGCGCGCCGCCGCCGCCGCCGCCGCCCGCCCACACGGUGACGCACGAGGGGUUCCUGCUGCGCAAGCACGAGCUCGACGGCGCCGGCAAGAAGGCGUCCAACAGGUCCUGGGUGAACCUCUACUGCGUCCUGGCCAAGGGCGACCUGGGCUUCUACAAGGACGCCAAAGGCCCCGCGUCCGGGGCCACCCACGGCGGCGAGCCCCUGCUGAGCCUGCACCGCGCCGCCAGCGAGGUGGCCAGCGACUACAAGAAGAAGAAGAACGUCUUCAAGCUCAAGACCGGCGAUGGGAGCGAGUUCCUGCUGCAGGCCAAGGACGAGGAGGACAUGCAGGGCUGGCUGCGGGCGCUGGCCGCCAGCGCUCAGGAACACGCCGAGCUGGCGCGCUGGCAGCAAGGCCUCCUCACCACCUCCUCCACCGACGAGGGGCUCCCCCGGCGCGACCCCGACCGGCCCCGGCGGAAGUGACCCCCCCGAACCCCCACUUUGGGGUCCCGGCCCGCCAAAAAACCUGAAUUUUGGGAUCCCACCCCUCCCACGAGCCCUGGGUUUGGGGUCCCGAACCCCGAUUUUGGGGUCCCGGCCUCCCCAAACUUGAAUUUUUGGGGUCCCAGCCACUCCUGGACCUCUGUUUUGGGGUACAGACCUCCCCAAAAAGGCAAUUUUGGGGUCGUGGUCCCCCCAAAAUCCGAGUUUGGAGUCCUGGCCUGGCCAAAACGUCAAUUUUGGGGUCCUGGCUCCCCGAAAACCCAAAUUUGGGGGUCCCGGCCCCCCCUUUCCCCCAGCACAAGCCAUAGAAAGCCGGGGGGGCCCCAGCGCCGCCGUUGUACAAAUGUAAUAAAGCACCCGCUGCACCCCAAAA